AUGGCCAAAAUCCUAGUGCUCAAUCCCAACUCGUCUCGUUCCAUGACAGAUGGUGUCAAAAAAGUGGUUGCGUCUGCAGAACUUCCCCAGGGUACGGAUAUUCAUUACUACACUGGACCCUCGAGUGCUCCGGCAAGUAUCAAUGACGGCGACGAUAUUGAUGCCAGCGUUCAAGCUGUAAAAGCAGACGCAUGGCCAUAUAUUAAGGAGCAAGGGUUCGACGGCAUAGUGGUUGCGUGUUUUAGCGUGCAUCCUUUGGUCGUCGAGCUUGCUCGGGAGAAUAUACUGGCAACUGGCAUCUUUGAGGCCAGUAUAUUGACCGCACUGCCUCUCCUCCUCCCCGACGAGAAAUGGGGCAUUGUGACGACUGGAAAAUUCUGGGAGGCUCAUCUCCUGCACGGAGUCCAACAUUUCCUCGGUGCAAGCGUUUCUGAUUCCAACGACAAGUUCGCAGGCGUCGAGUCUACAGGACUGAUUGCCUCGGAUUUUCAUCAUGGUGUCAGUCCCGAGGUAAUCAACCAAAAGAUACGUGAGGCAACCAAGAGACUUCUUCGCAAAGGCAAAGUAACAUGUGUAGCCAUGGGAUGUGCGGGCAUGGCUGGCCUGGAGGAUCAGAUCCGUACAGCGGCUAUGGAGGAAUGUGGCGAGGACUUUGCGUACAAGACGUUCAAAGUCAUCGACGGAGUUGCUGCAGGUGUCAUGCAGGUGGAGCAGUUGAUCCGACAGCAAUGGUUGCUGAAAAGAGGUUCAUAA